AACCCACUUGGGUAUGUAAAUGUUUGAGAUAUUUAGUAGAAUUUCAAUUUAAAUUCCCACAAAACCCCUCCUUUCUUCCUUUUUAUCCCCCUCCGCUCCUACCCAACCCUUCUCAUUUUCUCUCUCUUUUUUUCUCUCUUUCUCAAUAUCGCAUAUCUUCAGUAACCGCGUAUCUCUCUCUUCCUUCUAACCCUAACCCUAGCCUCCAGAUAUGAAGGGUGGAAAAUCCAAGGCGAAAACCGAUACCAAGCUCUCCGUGAAAAAGGGAGCUGCUGCCAAGAAGGGGAAGCCGGCAAAGGAUCCUAACAAGCCAAAGAGGCCUCCAAGUGCCUUCUUCGUUUUCAUGGAGGAGUUCAGAGUCACAUACAAACAGAAGCACCCUAACAACAAAUCUGUUGCUGCUGUUGGGAAAGCUGGUGGUGAGAAGUGGAAGUCGUUGUCUGAUGCUGAAAAGGCUCCUUACAUUCAAAAAGCUGAGAAAAGGAAGGCUGAUUAUGAGAAGAGCAUGAACACCUACAACAAGAAAUUGGCUGAAGGUAAUAAAGAUGAGGAAGAAGAGGAAUCAGACAAGUCAAGGUCUGAAGUGAAUGAUGAAGAUGAUGAGGAUGGCAGUGGAGAGGAGGACGAGGAUGAUGAUUAAGCGACCUGAUCCCAGAUGUAGAUGGUGUGGGAGCUCCUCAUUGAAAUUGAAGUAAAAAAAAUGGUGGUAGUUCUCAGUAUAAGGAACCAUUGGAAAAAAAGAAAUGUUUCUGUGUAUCUUAAGUUUAACUGUCACUUGAACUUAGCUUUUCCUCUGCCUUGUAGAGCCAGUAGUGAUUUUUAUUUUGGUUCUUAGUUUGAACAUGAUUAAUAUCUGGGUUAGUUGAAUGGUUAUCCUAAUACACUAGUUUCUUUUUUAUGUGCCCA